AUGAAGAGACAGAACCAAAGCAUGAUCACUGAGUUUAUCCUGGUAGGCUUUUCAAACCUGGGCGACCUUCAAAUCCUUCUUUUCUUUAUCUUCCUACUCAUCUAUCUGACGACUCUGAUGGCCAAUGCUGCCAUCAUGACUGUCAUUCGCCUGGACAAGACUUUGCACAUCCCCAUGUAUUUCUUCCUCUUUGUCCUUUCAUGCUCCGAAACGUGCUAUACCUUGGUCAUUGUGCCCAAAAUGUUAACCAACCUUCUGUCCACAGUCCCAAGUAUUUCUUUUGCCGGGUGUGCUGCCCAGUUGUAUUUCUUCGUGGGCUUAGCCUGCACCAACUGUUUCCUCAUUGCUGUGAUGGGCUAUGACCGCUAUGUUGCCAUCUGCAACCCCCUUCACUACAUGCUCGUCGUCAGCCAUGCCACCUGCGUGCAGCUGGUUCUGGCCUCCAGCUUUUGUGGUUUCCUCAUCUCGAUGGUGGUCAACGUCCUGGUGUUCAGCGAGCCUUUCUGCGCCUCCAAUCGGAUCCACCACUUUUUCUGUGACAUUUCUCCCGUCAUAAAGCUGGGAUGCACCGACACCAACCUGAAGGAAAUGGUCAUCUUCUUCCUCAGUAUUCUGGUGUUGCUAGUUCCCUUCGUGUUGAUCUUCAUCUCCUACGUCUUCAUUGUCUCCACCAUCCUCAAGAUCUCCUCCGCGGAGGGACAGCGGAAGGCCUUCGCCACCUGCGCCUCCCACCUCACCGUGGUCAUCGUUCACUAUGGCUGCGCUUCCUCUAUCUACUUGAGGCCCUCGUCCCUACACUCCUCCGAUAAAGACUUGCUUGUAGCAGUCACCUAUACCGUGAUCACGCCACUGCUCAACCCGCUUGUCUACACGCUGAGAAAUAAAGAAGUGAAGAUCGCUCUGAAAAAAGUUCUGAGCAGGUACUCGGUUCCCAAAACUGUGUGA